UCGGUGUGUGUGAGCCAUGUCGGUGUGUGUGAGCCACGUCGGUGUGUGAGAGCCGCGUCGGUGUGUGUAAGCCACGUCGGUGUGUGAGAGCCACGUCGGUGUGUGUGAGCCACCUCAGUGCCACAAAACACAAGCCCAUCUCUGUGCAUCCUUUUUUGCCCACCGCCUCCAGAAUCCCUUUUGGCCCUCUCCUGCGUGCCAGCACACGGCGCCCCGUUUUUGGCCAUGAGCACCGAGAGCCUCCUUCUUUGGCCUCUGUCAGAGCUCUCUUCCAUUCAACUCGUUCCAUUCGCCUCUGCUUUCUCUCCCCUGGCAGGACGGGACGCACCAUUCUUGGCAGUAAGCGCAGGGAUUUCCGGUUCAUAGUGAAGCAGGGGCUCACAGGGUGCACUGUUCCCUUCAAGAGUUCGCCUCCCGACUAUGUGGCGAAGUUUGGCACACUGUGCAUGCAGCCCAUUCCGUUCCUCCUGCACCCAGUCACACCGCCUACAGCGCAAGGGGAUGGCCUCUGGCACUUCAGCUCCACAAUCCAAGACAUUCCCAAGGUGGGCUAUCGAGCAUUAUUUAUUGAAGCCGAUUUCAGGCAUGGGCCCUUCCACAAACCUUUCAUUCUCACCACGGAAGCCAUGAUAGCGCCAAACACGCUUCCCUUUGCCCCAUGUAAUACCACAACUUUGCUUGACCCACUUCACGUAGUCUUGUAAUACUAGAAUUGCCUUUAAAUUGCGGCCUGCAAAGAUGGGAAUGCCACAAUGCUUACCGAAUGCUUUGAGUGGAACUUGGUGCCAAGUUUUCUUUUUUCCUCUUUUGUGGAAAAAAGUCAUAGCAUCCCC